GCCUUUCCAAAAAUUGAAGCAGUUAUAACACCUGAUCCUCCGGUUCGAGGUCAAAAAGAGAUUUUCACGGUUUUUGGGACGGUUCCAGCAACUAUCAAUCAAGAUAACGAAGUUUACUUACGCUUCUUCAGUGAAGGAGAUGUUAUUGCCUCCUUUCAUAUACCUGCCUGUGGACCUAAUAGUCUGCAACAAUGCCCAAUUAAUAAUGGAAGCUUUUUCAUAGUACCUUUUUCAGUUCAGGUGCCCGACUAUUUGCCCAACCCCUACGACAUGAUGGUUCAAGUUGGGGAUCCAGACCAUAUACCUUUAG